ACUUAAAUCAGCUGUAAUGUGAAAUGUCAAAAAUUUUUGUAGUGUAGUCAUAUUUUUAAUAUUCUGCAUAGUCAUAAUUGAUUAAUUAAUUCUUGCUCGUUCACUAAAUCAAUCCUCACAUACAGUGUAUUUAGUGGGUACUUAACUUAAUUAUUAGGUACUGAAAUAGUACUACAUACUAUAAAAGAAUGGCAGAUUAUUUUGGAGAAAUGGGAUGGACGCCUCUUGAAGAUGGACAAGCACCUGAUUAUUUUUUGCAUCUAGCCCGUUUGUUAAGAGAUUUUAACAUGUUCGAAGAGUUAAGCGUGUUGAAUGGUAAAAAGUUAGCACCUCCAGCUUCAAAGGAUUUUGUGGCAGCCAUUCCAAAUGAAAGUAUUGAAACCAAUGAUUUACAAUGCCCAGUUUGUCUUAAAGAACAUACUAAAGGAGAAACUGCAAAGAAAUUGCCUUGUGGUCACUUAUUUCACACAGAGUGUAUAAUGCCUUGGUUAUCAAAGACAAAUUCAUGCCCCUUAUGCAGAUUUGAGUUACCUACUGAUGAUGAAGAUUAUGAAGCUUGGAGGAAAGAGAAGAAACGAGCAAAGGAACGAGAAGCAGAUAUUGAGCACUUACAUAAUUCAAUGUUUUCUUGAAAUAUAAUAGAAACAUUAAUUCUGUGUGUGGCGUGUGAUUUACAGCACAAAUAGGUUUUAAUUGCAUUUUAUUCGUUAGAAAAAAUAUUUUUUUUAUUUAUAAGUGAAUUAUUGUUAUAAGAAAUAUAUGUUAUAAUUAUUUA